CAGUCGGAGGGGGAGGAUGGAGUGGAGGUGGGGGUAGUAGGUGACAUGCGUACGCAGGACCGGUCGAUCUCAGGGGAGAAAAUACCACGUGACUCACUCCACACGUACUUCUAAGGACCGGCGCACACGUACAAAAGCGUACGUCUUUAGCAAUGGAUAGGAAAAGGCGAGCCGUUAAAAAAGAAAUCUUUGACCCUUCUGAUGAUGAUGGGGCCCGUGCCCCUAAACAGGCCGCAAGCCCCGCACAAGAGGCAACCAGAGCCCAAAUAAUAAGCUUAGAAUCACAAAUGAGUAAACUAAAUAAGUUGAAAAAUGAUGGGAAAGUAGACGAAAAAGCAGACUUCCAAAUACGAUGUUUGGAGGAAGAAUUGAAAAAGGCUCAGUCAAAACUGAGAAGGCUCUUGAACGAGGCAGAGCGCCAAAGAAGACGAAGAGAGAGACUGAGGGGUGGUGGGCUGAUCAAAAACAAUUCUCGUCAUCAGUCCACAGAUGACGGUGUCAUGUCUGCUCUCAAGUCCUGCAACAGAUUUCAAGAUUUUGUCAAAGAACUCAACUGUCUGGGAUAUAACCUCACUCCCAGUAAUGAAAAUGGAGAAAUAGAUCUAGGUAUGGCUUGUGAAAUAUCCGUUGCUGUCGAAACGUAAUUGUUUGUUAAACAC